AUGGCCGCGGUGACUGUGACAGUUACGACCCUGGCGGGCCCAUGCGCGCUGACCGUCGAAAUCUUGUGCGCGACCGAGACGGCUGGUGGCUUGAAGCGACAAAUCCAGGCCAAGUGCGGCAUGCCUCGCUUCCAGCAGCGCCUCCUGCUCGGGGAGCGCUCGCUGGGCAACGACGUCAUCCUGGCGAGCUUGGAGCCGCCGCCACACCUCAGCCUCGUCGUGGUUCCCUACCAAGAGGACGAGGAGACGAGCGAGUCCGUCGUGUAUGCUAUUCGGACAAAUAACAUCGCCGGGCUGGAGCGGGCGCUCUGCGUGCCGGCAGACCCCAACGGGCCUCCGAAUCGCCCUGUCGACCAAGAAACGCCGCUGUUUGCCGCGACGGACCAUGGCAGUCCAGCCAUGGUGCAACUCCUCAUCGACUCCUUGGCAGACCCAAAUAUCUUGGUAUGCAACCGCCGUGGCACGCAGACCACCUGCCUCCAUGUGGCCGCGGAGUACGG